CCUUUAAGCAAGCUGCAGUUGAUUGUGGCUAGAUGACAUUUAAACCUAAUCCACCGACUAGUGCAAACAAACUACUUGGGUUUAACUUUCCUCUCCCAUCACUGGAGAGAUGACGUUAUAUUUAUGUGUGGAUUUCACAAUGGAUUUAUUAUAAUAGGCUCUCAGGCCCUGUUUGACAGGCGUGUGACCCAGGCUUUGGACAGCUGUCCUGGUGGGCCACACCAGCCUCUGUUAUCUCUCCUGUCACCUGCAUUCAGCUGAUGGAGUGACAAGUAACAGGAAAGCCAGAUGCAGCUGGAAAAGUUGAAGCUCAGCGUGAAGAUAAUGUGGUGAAUCUACUGUGACAGAAGAUGAGAAGAAAGUAGUUGUCUGCUUUCACUGCAACAAGGGUGACAAGGGACCAAGGAGAAGCGAAAACUAAACUCAAAGGGUUCUUGACCUGAUAUUUGAAGGGCCGGGGUUUUAAUUGGUAUACUGCACAAACAAGAAUAAUUUCGUGGAGAACAGUCUUUGGAAGUAUCGAUGCAUUGAGAGAAGCCACAGAGAUGGGGAGGAGAGAGCCCUGAUUUGACGUUACAUGAGAGAACAGGACAGUUGGUGAAGAAAAGAGUGGCUUGGUUCCAUGCACUGUAAAGAUGGGGACACUGGUCGAACCAGCGCUGCUGCUACUUUUAUGGCAGAGUGUUUGGGCUUUUGACGUCCCUCUGGAAGUCAGGCAGCCCCCAACCAUCAUAAGGCAGUCAGUGAAGGAGCACAUUGUCGACCCCAAAAACACCAUGGUGAUAGAAUGUGAAGCCAAAGGAAACCCUCAUCCAAUUUUCUCAUGGAGGCGUAAUGGGAAGUAUUUCAAUGUGGCACGUGACUCUCAAGCGUCAAUGCGCAGGCGCUCAGGGACGCUGGACAUCUAUGCCUGGAACAAUCCAGAACAGUAUGAGGCAGAGUAUCAGUGCAUUGCCUCUAAUGAAUAUGGAUCUGCAUACUCCAACAAGAUCAGACUUCAACUAUACAGACCUCCUGUGUGGCCGAGGGAGAUUCUGGAGCCUAUGGUGGUCAGUAUCGGCUUGCCCCUGGUCCUGUCCUGUGACCCGCCACCAGGCCCGCCGAAACCUGAUAUCUACUGGAUGUCCAGCUGCUCCUAUGCAAGACCUUUCAACUGGCCCAUUCAGACAGCUUUCCCCACCAUGCAGCCUGUGCGGCCGGACCGCCGGGUAUCCAUGGGAGUAAACGGAGAUCUGUACUUCUCUAACGUCCUGUUUAAUGACUCUGCUACUGAUUACUGCUGUAAUGCCCGCUUCCCCUACAAGAAUGUUAUCCAGCAGAAGAUGCCUGUGGUUGUUAAAGUGAUUACAACUCGUACAGUGGCCGAGGCUGCCCCCACCUGGCUUUCUCCCACAGGCUCCUCCAGCUCCACACUGGUCCUGCAAGGGGAGGAACUGCUUCUGGAGUGUAUUGCUGCUGGAGUGCCAACUCCUCAUAUUACGUGGACCAAGGAUGGUGACAACCUGGAAGUGACGCCACGCAUGAAAGUAAAGAACUUCAACAAGAUGAUUCAGAUCCCAAAGGCGUCUUUUGAGGAUGUGGGUGAAUACACUUGCACUGCUACCAAUAAGAUUGGAUACAUUGAGCACACAAUAACUGUCAGGGUCAAAGCGGCUCCAUUCUGGCUGGAGAAACCUACUGAUUUGGUCUUGGCACCAGAGGAAAAUGGACGGUUAGUGUGUCGUUCUGAUGGAGCUCCUCGUCCCACAGUCAGCUGGUUUAUCAAUGGGGAACCAAUUGAAACUGCUACACCACAGCCUAACAGACAGGUGUCAGGAGACACGCUGACUUUACGCUCUGUGACGGCUGAAAACACUGCAGUGUACCAGUGCAAUGCUUCCAAUCAGUUUGGGUACUUACUGGCUAAUGCUUUUGUCAACGUGCUACAUGCAACGCCACGUAUUCUCGGUCCCAGGAAUGAACUCAUCAAGGUGAUAGAGGGCAGUAAUACCUUCGUAGACUGCCGCUACUUUGGUUCUCCAGUGCCUGAUUUGCGAUGGUCCAAAUAUGGGCAGGGGAAUCUUGAAGGAAAUCGUUUUAGGAUCCACAGUAACGGGACUCUGGAGAUGAAACGUAUACGGAUAGAGGACCAGGGAACUUACCUGUGUGUCGUCAGCAACAUUGCAGGAAGAGAUGAGAGUCAAGUCCGGAUAGAGGUCAAAGAGCCCACGAUAAUUGCCACAAGACCACAGAGUAUGAAAGUCAUCCGUGGAAGCGAUGUGCGAUUCGAGUGUGGCGUGAAAGCAGAUGUCACUACUCCUGUCACAACCACCUGGAUGAAAGACAAGAAGCAUGUCACUCUUGGCUGGAGACUCCUUCUGGAUGAAUCAAAUCUGGUCAUCACUAAUGUAAACAGAGGCGAUGAAGGCAACUAUACUUGUAUCAUCGAGAGUGAACUGGAGCAGAAGGCGGCCUCAGCACGCCUAAUGGUGAUGGACCGUCCAGAUCCUCCCACUAAGUUGGAGUUGUCAGAUCCAUAUGAACGCAGCGUGAGACUCAGUUGGGUCCCUGGAGAGAGCAACCAUAACCCUAUAACAGAGUACUUGGUGCAGUAUGAUGAUGAUGACUGGUUGCCGGGGAAGUGGAAAAACCUCUCCACAUACUCAGGAAACCUCAACUCUGUCAUUCUGCAUCUUACGCCUUUCACCUACUACGAGUUUCGAGUCAUCGCUAUCAAUGAAAUUGGAAUGAGUCGCCCAAGUCGUCCGUCUAUGCGAUUCCAGAGCAGCGGUGCACCCCCAGAUGUUGUUCCAAAGAAUUUAAAGGGUGUGGGGACAUGGAGGAAUAACAUGGAGAUCAGCUGGGAGCCUCUGACCUACAGAGAGUGGAAUGGGCCCCACCUGAAGUAUCUGGUGUGGUGGAGAAGGAGAGAUUCCAGAGAAGAGUGGAAGAACGCAACCACGAAAUGGCUGAAAUACUACAUCUACGAUGCAGACACCUUCACUCCUUAUGAGCUAAAAGUCCAGGCUGUCAAUGACUUUGGGCUGGGUCCAGAGUCUCCUGUUGUCACUGGUUAUUCUGGGGAAGAUCGUCCCUUAACUGCUCCCCUGAACCUGAGAGUGUCCGACAUCGAGAGCACUCAGGUGACUUUGCACUGGGACCCAGUAACACGGGACGCCAUGAUGGGACAGCUGAAAGAAUAUAAGGUCUACUACUGGAGGGACAGCAGCCAGCUGCGGUGGUUGAGGGUCAACCGAGGGAUGAAGUCCAAAUCAUUUCCAAACAAUGAUCCAGAGCCCUCGGGGGUCCUCACUGGGCUCAUCCCCUAUAGCAACUACAAGAUGUAUAUAGUGGUGACCAACAAUCGAUAUGAAGGGCCGCCCAGUAAUAGUAUACACUUCUCAACGCCUGAAGGAGUACCAUCUGUUCCCAGUUCCUUCAGGAUCCAACAGCGACAUCUGGACAGUAUUUAUGUGGACUGGGAUCUACCAGCAGAGCCCAACGGUGUCAUUACUGGAUAUUCCCUCAAGUACCAGACAGUGAACGCCACCAGGGGAGAGGAGCUUCGAGUUGAGGACUUCCCUCCAAAUGUUACAAGUUUCUCAGUCCGGCGAUACGACCGAUACACUCGAUACAGAUUCUCCGUGGCGGCACGAACUCGGCUUGGGCUCGGGGAUUGGCAUUCAGAGGAGUCUCCCCACUACACCACUGAAACGUACGCGACGGACCAGGUGGACAUCACCACUCAGGGCUGGUUCAUCGGGAUUAUGUGUGCUGUGGCUCUCAUCGUGCUCAUCCUCCUCAUAGUCUGCUUCAUCAAGAGGAGCCGAGGCGGGAAAUACCCAGUACGGGAAAAAAAAGACAUUUCACUGGAGCCAGUGGACGACAAAGAUCAGGAGGGAUCGUUUGACUACAGGUCUCUUGAAAGGAUAGCACGUGUCUCCACUUUGCCUUAUCCCCGGCGAGAGGAGGAAAGAGGGCUUCAAAGAGGCCAGCCGUCAAUUGAGGCAAUGAUGAAGCGAUCAGACAGCGACGACAGUCUGGUGGACUACGGCGAAGGAGGCGAGAUACCGUUCAACGAGGACGGCUCGUUCAUCGGCCAGUACACAGGGACCAGGAGAGAUGUCAGGGAGCUGGACUUCGGUGGAGGUCUGGAGCUCCACUCACCAAUGAAGUCCAUCUACUCCCUGGCUUAAACCUCAGAAGUCACAUUGCCUUCCGACUUGUCACGUGACUUUACCGGCUUGUACCCUCCACCUUGAAUUAAGAACAUGUGGUUUGUCUGCAGGAGGGGACAGCUGGAGCUUGAAGUGCUUCUGUCCUCUGUGUCCUUGCAGACAAAGCAACUAUCUUGCAUUUAAAGACGAAAGUGCUAGAGAUGCUUAUUCAUCUGAUGAAAAGUUACCGUUUGAGUUUUCGUAUUGCUUUUCCUGUAAAUAAAAAUGCUGCGUGUUUGUACGUGUGCAUACGGACGAGUACAUGUUUAGUUGCCCUGUAAAUGGAGACACUGGCUGCACAUCAGAGGAGACAGAAGUGGAUCAGUUUAUCAUGUUGAUAAAAGCAGUUGCAAGGACCAACAUAACUUCUGUAAUUACAUAUUUUCCUUUAAGCUAAUUUCAAUAAUGUGAUUUGUGAUAUUAUUGUGUGUGUUGGCUGUUUGAGAUAAGGGCUGCAUGCCAUCAGUGGAACCACAAUGUACUCCCUGAACUUAGAUUGUGUAUACCUUUUAUACACUAGAGUUUAUGGUGCAAUGUGAAAGUAUAAAAGUGUUUCUGUUGAUAGGUGAUACGUGAUAGAUGAUAAAAAAAAUCUCCAGGGACUAAUGAGUCAUCGGCAUGGUCAGUUUGCUGUGAGGCAAGGAUCAAACCAGCGAGGGAAUAAGCAAGCAGCCUGAAACCAGCUCUAAAAUCAGAACAUGUUCAUGUUUCUCUAUGGACUUGCUUUAACUAUCUCCCUGUUUCACUCACUACAGAGAUAGAGCGAAAUCAUUAAUCUUGAUGUAACAAUUUUAGUUUAUUUGACCCCUAACAUUAUCUGUGUAAUACCACAGUUAUGUCCUAAUUGUAAAUAAAGUGGGAAUAUUUAUUUCUAGCAAGUUUGAUAUGACUCUGAAUGUUGAAUUCAACUGCUGUUUUUUAGAAGUGAUUUAUUUUUCUUACAAUACAAUAAUUAGAAUUAGUUUGGAGCUGUUUGCACUUGUCUGUUUAAACCAGGGAUCAGCAAACUUUAUUAACAAAA